UCAAGGUCCAGCGUGUUGGUGCUAAAACGAAAGAAUGACCUGUUGUUGGAGUCAGACACGGCGUACGCGGUGUUUCACUCUGCUGCAAACCUACCUGUCUGGCCGGACCGGUCGAAAAAAGAGGUAAAUAGUAGAAUGUGUACAGAGUGUAGCAUACAUUUGAAUAUUUAGUGGAACCAGCACGGACCUCACAGCCCAUCCAGGUCGUGUAUGUUGCACAACUAGACUUUCAGAGUUGAUUUCUUUUAAUACUGCAUCUCUAAUGUGAGGGGAGGUACAAGUGUGAUUGUGAUCAUGCAUCUGAGCAGCUCACCAGUCUGUCAGCUGCACAGAAUUUCUGGCAUCUGAGAACAAUGUCUGUAACAAGGAGUGGAAGGGUUAAGAGGAAGGAGAUGACAUACAGGGGAGGGACACACGACGAAGAGCCAUAGCCUCUUGACAGCUCCUGAUCCCGGGAGAUAAGCUGCACUGCUCUUGAGUGUCAACAUCAGCUUAUGGGCCGAGGCUGCUGCAGAACACGAAAUGUACUCACGGCUGAACUUGUGAACCCUGUACGGGCUUUAUCAGUAAGACUCGACGUGAUACUGACGAGGCAGCGACAUCAAGACACCUGAGGACUGGGCGGCUCUUGCCACUGUGCAGAAUGGUGUGACUUCUUUGCCGGAAGGAUGAAUGAAGUGAUGGGUCUAUCUAGAUUUAUGGAGGACAUGAGCUGGCCGGGAAUGGCCUUAUUGUCACACACCUGUCGCCAGUAGUGAAGACUUUGAUAUCAGCAAUCCCACCCCGAAGUGCAGUAAUGUCAAACUCUCAAGAGCAGAGCCUCGACGAGAGAGCUGUUUUCCUGGAGGUGACUGAGUCUUCUCCAGAGUUCCUCUACUGUGAGAAGGAGCGACAAGCACUGGAGAGACUUCUGAGUGCAGGACCGGAGGCGUUCUACAGCUCCAUCGACACAGAGCUCUCCGGCUGCUUCUUGUCACCUGAAGAGGUCAGCCAGGUCAGCGGCUGGGCCCAGGACUUUCACACCAGCCAGCUGCAGGUGCAGUGGGACGACGAUGGAGUGGAGGGCAGCACAAGGACGGAGGAUUUAUGUUCCACUUACUUCCCCUGUCCCUCAGACGCUCCAGCCCCAGACCUGGACCUGGGCUGGCCCGAAAGGGGGCCCUUGGUGACAGCAGGAAGCACGACAGUCUACACCAGUCCACCUGCUGAAGGAGAGCCUCACAUCAGAGAGAUAAUCCGACGACACUUGCAGAAGGCCACCCAAGUAAUAGCCAUUGUGACAGACAGAUUGACAGAUGGUGCAAUAAUUGGAGAUUUACACAAUGCUGCCUCUCGGGCUGUCCCCGUCUACAUCAUCCUCAACCAAAGAUCCAUCCAGGAGAAUUUCACGCUCAACAGGCUCAGGCAUCCGAACAUGCGAGUCCGCACUCUUGGAGGGAAGUCCUUCUGUUCGAAGACAGGCAGGAUGGUGACCGGAGAAAUGAAAGACAAGUUCCUUCUGGUGGAUUUGGAGACGGUGAUUCAUGGCAGCUACAGCCUCACGUGGACAGACGCUCACCUGCACCGGCAGCUGAUCACUGUUCUGAGAGGCCCGGUUGCUGACUCAUUUGAUAGAGAGUUCAGGAUCCUUUUUGCCGCUUCGCACCCAGUUGCAGACACCUUAAGGGUCGCAGGGAGCCGCGUCGAUAUGACUCAGAGUCUGAGAGACCUCUCAAAUCUUCGGCACUAUAAACAACUCUCCCUGGAGUCUGAGAUCAACAACCCUCCAUCUCCUCCUCCUGACUCCCUCCUGGACUGGGAAGCCAUGGGUGUUGUGUACAGGGACAGUCCUUUUGAGCAACACGACGGUAUCAUGGACAGGGGAACACCGCCGAAGACCAACUUUGUGUUUGAUAAAAAUGAACCCGACAUUUUUACCAACAACGUGCACCAUUUUGCGGAUAGAAAAAGGUUACACGAAACCACCUUUCCAGUGACUAACCACAUGCCCGAUAAAUCAAUAUUCAACAACACUCAGCCCUCGCCAUCAACAGAUCUAACUCCGGAGAGAAUGAGACGGGUGGACCGCAUAUUGGAUAAAAACAUUUCCAGGCAACUGUCCGCAGAGAUGAGAGGCAACAUAGAUGACAGCACAGCGACAAGAUUUGGUGAUCAAACAGCAGAACCGAUUCACAACAUACCCAUGCUUUUUUCUACAAAGAGAAGAGAGCCCUCGUGGAGGGAGGGGGAGAGAAUUCUGGAGGAAAGUACCUCCAAACUGGAGAACACACCAUCUUCUAGAAAACCCAUCAUCCUGAUGAUGCCACAGCCGGAGAGUUCCAACUCUCUGAGUGACAUUAUGAAGAGGGUCCAGCCUCAGCUCAGCACGUCGCGAAUGGUCAAGAGGGGAUCGAACGCUGCCGCGUCAGAAAUGAGCCAAUCCAUGAUGGACCUGAGUGUACACAAAGCAGACGCAAAUUAUGAGAGAGGAGUCCCAGUGCCACGGUUCAAGAGCGGUUUCUUUGACCCAGGUCACAUGACACCUGCUAUUGCUCUGAUGAAGAAGAGGAACGACGAGCUGAAAUCGGCAUUGUACAGAACUCCGUUAGGCUUUCUGCCCAGAGAGAGGCCUCGCAACUCCAACUACGGCCUCAACAUGGAGUGGAGGAGGUCGCUGGCAGAGAGGGAACUGGAACAAGAAUGAGGAGCGAAGACAACAAUAAUACACGAGCAGUGUUACAGUGUUCGUAACAGUGUGCUCUGUGCUUCUUUUUUUUUUUACGACAGGCAGCAGUCAGUGGAUAGUUAUGACCCUUUUCAGUGUUAAUAACCUAAAAUAAGCCAAAAAAAGAAACAUGUAUUAUUACAGUAAUAUUUUUUGAUGUGACGUCCCACUGAAUCUGAUGAUUACAUGUAUCUGACUUGUAUACGGCGCGCCCGGUGCUGUACUUUAGUAUAUGUAAUGUUUAAAUAAAUAAAGUCUUCUGUUCUUGAUACUCACAAUGAAUUGUUUCUCUAACCAUUGAAAAGAGCAAUUUUCUUCAGUAUAUGGAUAUAGUUUUAUGUUAGAUUUGGAUUCAACAUGUAUGCUUUUGUCUGCUUAUUGUCGCUGUGAAUUGCUUAUUGUACAUAAGACGGGAUGAUACGAGGUUGCUGAUGAAGUGAUUAAAAAAGAAAGUCAUUUGUUGAGUAACUGAUAAAUUAUAAUGGUUUUGAAGAAAGAUUUUGUCAUAAAGUGUAGAGAUUAUCAUAGAAUAUAGGUCUGAAUUCUGUAUGUUUUUGGAGGGAGAAUUUUUUAUCAUUAUUGAAUUAACCAGUUGAUUAUUAUACUAUAAUAGAUUUGUUGUUUGCUCCAUAAAAUGUCUGAAGAUGGUGUAAAAUGUCCAUGUCCAUGUUUCCCAAAUCUAAAAAUGGCCUCAAAUAUUAUUUGUUUUUAUUUAAAUAAGCAAAUAAAUACAAUCAAAUACA